GACUUCAUCAAACAACACCGUCCUUUCAUCAGUUAUCACAGCCAUUAUCUCACCUUGUUUCUCUCCUCCUCCCACCCGAAAAUGACUGAUUCUCCGAUCAGAUUUGGAAUCAUCGGCUGUGCUGACAUAGCCCGCAAAGUCUCCCGAGCCAUAGCACUUGCACCCAACGCCACUCUCUCUGCCGUAGCCAGCCGCUCCAUCGAAAAAGCCGCCAAUUUCGCCAAAGCCAAUGGCUUCCCACCUGAAGCCAAAAUCUACGGCUCCUACGAGUCCCUUUUGGACGACCCCGACAUCGACGCCGUCUACAUGCCCUUGCCCACUAGCCUACACCUCAAAUGGGCUGUGUUGACGGCUCAGAAAAAGAAGCAUUUGCUAACGGAGAAGCCCGUGGCCUUGCAUGUGGCCGAGUUUGAUGAGAUUAUAAAGGCUUGUGAGGAAAAUGGGGUUCAGAUUAUGGAUGGAACCAUGUGGAUGCAUCACCCCAGGACACAAAAAAUGAAGGAGUUCUUGGAAGAUAAGGAACGGUUUGGUCAGCUUAAAACGGUAAAUAGCUGCUUCUCAUUCUUUACCGACCCUGAUUUUCUCAAGAACGACAUCCGUGUGAAGCCCAAUCUAGAUGCUCUUGGUGCUCUCGGUGACGAGGGGUGGUACUGUGUCCGGUCGAUCCUGUGGGCAGCCGACUACGAGCUGCCGAAAACUGCAACAGCCUUGCGUGGGGCUGUUCUUAAUGAAGCAGGGGUGAUACUAGAGUGUGGUGCUUCACUACAGUGGGAAGAUGGCAAAACCGCAAUCUUCCACUGCUCUUUCUUACAAAGUUUGACAAUGAACAUCACUGCUAUCGGAACACACGGAACGUUGCAUCUCACCGAUUUCGUCAUUCCUUACCAAGAGCACGAAGCCUCUUUUAUGGCAUCGGCAAAACCCGGAUUCAACGACCUCGUGAUGGGAUGGACGCCGCGUCCGAGCCAACAUACGGUCACCGCGGAUCUACCUCAGGAGGUGUGCAUGGUGAGAGAGUUUGCCAAGUUGGUUCAAGAUAUUAAAAAGAAUGGCGCAAAGCCAGAUAAAAAGUGGCCUGCAAUUAUCAGGAAGACACAGUUAGUGUUGGAUGCUGUCAAGGCAUCCAUUGAGAAAGGGUUUGAGACUGUUGAAAUUGUUAAGUAAUGUCUUAAUUUGAUCAUCUUCCUUGGAUGGACCUGUAGUCAUUGAGAGUUGAGAGUUGAGUGUUGGCCUAACAAUAAAAUGUGAACUGCAUUCACUGUGUUAAUUUAUUGUUAACAAUAAAUUGUUAGACUGUUUCUGUAGUCGGACGGUAUGUUUGACCCGACUUGCCUUGGUAAUUAAUUUUAUUUCUUACUUUUACCCUA